AUGCCGAAGGGAAAAAAUGCGAUCCCCCACGUGCACCAGAGGAAGCACUGGAACCCGUGCUCUUCCCAGAAGGGUAAUGUGAAGGUUUUCCUCAACCAGCCCGCACAGAAGCUGCGCCGUCGCCGCCUACGCCUUUUGAAGGCGAAGAAGACGUUCCCACGCCCACUCAAGGCGCUGCGCCCGCAGGUGAAUUGCCCCACGGUGCGUCACAACAUGAAGAAGCGCCUGGGCCGUGGCUUUACCGUUGAGGAACUGAAGGCUGCCGGCAUCAACCCUCGUUUUGCCCCGACGAUUGGCAUCCGUGUGGAUCGUCGCCGCAAGAACAAGAGCGAGGAGGGCAUGAGCAUCAACAUCCAGCGCCUGAAGACGUACAUGAGCAAGCUGGUGCUCUUCCCCAUGAGCUACAAGAACGUGCAGAAGGGCGAGGCCACUGAGGAGGAGGUGAAGUCUGCCACUCAGGACCGCACACGCUUUGGUACUGCGGCUGUUGGUGGUUUUGUGACGCCUGCUCCCGAGGCACCACGCAAGGUGACAGAGGAGGAGCGCACAAAGAACGUGUACAAGUUCCUCAAGAAGAACCACAGCGCUGUUCGCUUCUUUGGCAUUCGCAGGGCGCGUCAGGAACGCAGGGAGGCCAAGGAGAACGAGAAGAAGUAA